GGCGACUAUUGUCACGUAUCUGUCUCGCAUAUGUCUAAGCAGAUAAAAACAAUUAUUUGUGUUUUGCAAAACUCUUACGAUUUACCAAAAAUGUCGGAAAUAAUGUUCGAUCCCCGUGCGUUUUGUAAAAUUAUGCUUCAUGCAGCAAAGUAUCCUCAUCUAGCGGUGAAUGGGAUACUUUUGGCUGAAAAUGGUAAAACAAGUACGAUUGCGGACGCGGUGCCCCUCUUUCAUCAGUGCCUUCAUGUGUCGCCCAUGGCAGAGGUGGCUCUGGUUCAGGUAGAAGCCAAAGCAUUGCAAAAGGGACAACAUAUCGUCGGUUAUUAUGUAGGCUGUGAAAAUUUCUACGAUAACCGUUUUGAGCGGGCGCCCGGAAUACGAAUUGCGGAUAAAAUAGCUGAAAGUUGUUCCAAUGCUUGCAUUGCAGUUAUUGAUAACUGUUCGAUUUCGAUUAAUAUGCGUUAUCCAGCUUUGAAAAUGUGGCAAUAUCGCGAUAAUCGUUGGUCCAAAGCUAAAUGUGUAGUCGAAAAUGACAGCGUUACAUUCGACGCUGUAUCGUGUCUGUUGCAGCGUGGCGCUGCAAAGGAGUUGCACGAUUACGAUAAUUAUCUGGAUAAUACCCAGAAUGAUUGGGACAACGUGCAUUUAAAUGGAGAUUUAAAACAAAUACUUGCUAUGUACUAACUAAUAUGAUAAUGUUCGUUUGUCGUCUACGAUAAAAUACAUUUAUGAUGAAAUACAAAA